AUAAAUAGUAGGAUACAGGGAUUUCAAUAUAGAUUUUCAUUUUUUUUUCAUUCAUCGGAGAAAGAGACUGACAUUCGUAAAAUUUAAGCGAAAUUUUGGUUAUUUUUAGUCCUUAUAUGAAUCUCACGUAUCAGUAAAAAAAAUUCUAAAAUUAGAUAUUUUAUUUCUUUUUAAAAAUUGUUAAAUUUCAGUGAAAUUAUAAUCCUGAUAGGAUAAGCAACAUCACACGCAAUGCCAUUUGGAAUUUUUUUGGAAAUAAAUCCGAAAACAGCUGAUCAGAUGUUGUAAGGGCAUCGAUCAUUUCGUCAGACGCAAGAAACAGACUCGCGGCAAUAUAAGAAGCGCGUGUGCGUCCCCACUCGGGUCAAUCUCCGCUAGAUAUCCUGCUCUCUUCUCCCCUCCCCUCCCGACCGUCCUCUUCUUGCCCUAAACCCACCCACGCCGCUCCCCUUCUCGCGCUCCACACGACGGCAUCCAUGUCGCUGCCCCCGGACAAGACUCCGUCGCCCGACUCCCCCGCGGAGCACAAGCUCAUCACCGCCUACCUGCGCUGCAAGCUCGCGGGCAAGCCGCUCCCCGCCGCCGCGGGCACGAUCUUCUACGAUGCCGACAUCUACGCCGCCGAGCCCGCCACGCUCACGGCGGGUCUCCAGCCGGCCGCGGCGAGGAAGGGAGAGGCCAGUUCUUGGUUCUUCUUCACCCCCGUGAAGGCCAAGAGCAGCAGCGACUGCCGCAAGUCCCGCAUGGUCGGCGGCGGCGUGGGCACCUGGCACUCCGAGCACGCUCCAGAGCACGUGUUCGACGUCGAGGGCAAUCGCGUCGGGCACCGCCAGUACUUCUCAUACAAGCGCAAGAACGGCAACAAGAGCGAGAGGUCCGGGUGGUGCAUGAUGGAGUACGGCGACGAUCAAGAAGAUGAUCACGAGGGCGGCGGCGGCGGCGACUCCAGGCUGCUUCUUUGCAAGAUCUACCGUUCGCGCCGCACCGACGGGUCCGCGUCGAGGUCAUCAUCCUCGGGGUCCGCACGCAAGAGGAAGGACGCGGACGAGCGCGUUGAUAAGGCUUCAGCUCCCGUGAGGCGGCGGCUCUUCGCUUCCCCUACUACAACUCCGCCGGCCGCGUCGCAGGACAAGAUCUGCAGUACGAAAUCUCCACCCAGCUUCUUGAUUACUGAGCCAGAGGCGUCGCUGGCACACUGCUACGGGACGACAAACCUCAUGGACGGCGGCCACAAUUCAGGAUUUCCAGUAUGCGCUCCGGGUGCCGGGGUCUCUGAUUCAUGCUUACGCGGCGACACAAGCUUCUUGAUGGCCAGCGGUGAACCUCCUGCGCCGGAAUACUGCUACGGAGGGACAAACCUCAUGGACGGCUGCGGCCACGUGUCAGGAAUGCCACUCUGCGCGCCGGGUGCCGGGACCUCUGGUUCUUGGACAGGGAACGACAACACGGCGUCCUGGUCCGGCGAGAUGGUGUUUCCUGGAGGUCUGCCCACGCACGACGAUUGGGGCAUUGCUGGAUCCGCAGGUGCGUCGUAUGUGCGCGGCAUGCCCUCUGCUCCUUUCCUGCCUCCGCCGGCGUCGUCUUCGUGGUGUAGCGGCUCGGACUUGUCGGAUGGGUGGAUCAGAGCACAGAUGCCUUGGACCGUUGCAUGACUGAUGCGAGUGACCGUGGCAUCUUCGCAAGUUCUUGGAGUUGCUGAUCAGUGCAUGUCGGCGUUGGAGAGCUCCGUGACUGAUUACUUCUUUCUACUGAUGAGUGACCGUGACCAAGACCAUGGCAUCUUGAGAAAGUUCUUCGAGUUGGUUUUUUAGUUUGCUGGAAGAACUUAACAUGUUCUAUUGUUGUUAUAUUAGGACCUUGAUUUAUUUUUUUGACGGGAUAUUAAGACCUUUAUGCUAAAUUGAUUGAUCUCGUUUAAAUUUUAGAGUG